UGGGCCGUUGCCGUCCGUUUGACCCUUGUCUAUCUAUUGAGCUGUUACGCUGAGAGCGCCCCCUGCAGGUUUGGAGCAUCUCCGUUUGCAGUGACAGGACUUUCCAAAGAUUCCCACAAAAAGACAGCAGAAUGGUGAACUGUGGUCUGUUGACAAACAAGAAUGAGCCAGUUCCCCUGAAGCACAUCGAGGUGGAUCUGCAGGUUCAAGGGCAUGUAGCCACAGUGACCUCCACCCUGCAGUAUGUAAAUGAGGAAGAGCAACCCCUGGAGGCUGUGUUUGUCUUCCCCAUGCCUUCAGGAGCUGCUGUCUGUCAAUUCAGCGCCAAGGUUGCAGACCAGGAGAUAGUGGCUGAGGUUCAGGAGAAACAGGAGGCGCGAGAGCAGUAUGAUGAUGCCCUGAGUUCAGGUCAGCAGGCUUUUCUGCUGGAGGAGAGCGAGGAGUCUGUGGAUGUGUUCAAGCUGAGUGUGGGCUCUCUGCCCCCGGGCCAGAGUGCCACCAUCACCUUCACCUUCAUCACCGAGCUGAGUGUGCAGGCUGACCAUUCACUGCAAUUCUGCCUGCCAGCAGUGCUCAACCCCCGCUAUACACCAGCCGGUACAGGUGGUGGUAUAGUAUCAGAGAUAACAUCAAGUUCCACUGGCAUUCCCUACUCUCUCUCUUUUACUGCACACAUAAACUCUCCAAACCCCAUCACAAAAGUGGAUUCCAAAUGUGCUCUCGAGCCUCUGAUGUUCCUCAACACAGACCACACAAAGGCAAAGGUAAGCCUUUGUGCAGGUCAUAAGUUUGACCAGGAUGUCGAGCUGUAUCUCUAUUAUCAGAAUCCCCAUCAGCUAACUGCUAUAGUGGAGUCCGGAGCUCCCACAGCACAGCCGGGGACUCUCAUGGGAGACCCUGUGGUCAUGGUCAGUUUCUAUCCAGAGUUUCCUGAGUCAGUGAUGUCCUCUACGUCAUCGUGUGGGGAGUUUGUGUUUGUUAUGGACAGAUCUGGCAGUAUGGGCAGCAGAAUGCAUCAUGGGCCGGAUGCACAAGACCGCAUCAAAUGUGCCAGGGACACUCUGCUCCUGCUGCUGAAGAGUCUCCCCAUGGGCUGUUACUUCAACAUCUAUGGCUUUGGCUCUCACUAUGAGUCCUUCUUCCCUAAAAGUGUUCAGUAUAGUCAAGACACUAUGGAGCAGGCUGUGAAGAAGUUAAAGAACAUGCAAGCAGACAUGGGGGGCACAGAGAUUCUGCGACCUCUGGAACACAUUUACAAACAGCCGUGCAUCCCCAGCCACCCAAGACAGCUGUUCAUCUUCACAGAUGGUGAAGUAGGGAACACUAAAGAUGUUCUUAACUGUGUGAGGAGCAAUGCUGAUUUCCACAGAUGCUUCUCAUUUGGGAUUGGUGAAGGUGCAAGUUCUGCACUCAUCACAGGGUUGGCUGAGAACAGCUCUGGCCACGCCCAGUUCAUCACAGGAACUGAGCGCAUGCAAGCCAAAGUAAUGCAGUCUCUCCGUUAUGCUUUACAACCAGCAGUGACUGAUAUCACUGAGGAUUGGACUGGUGUGUCUUUCACCCGUCUGAGCCCCCCGAUUAAAACGCUUUUCCAUGGUCAGAGAGCACUGAUUUAUGCCCACUUGAAAGGGGAGGAAUGUCAGAACCCAGAUGCUAAGGGGAAAAUGUCAGUGCGAUAUUGUCUUGGAGAUCAAGAGGUCUCAAACACUGUCCACUUCUCCCUGAAGCCUUCUGAGAAUAGCGGACUAGCCAUCCACAGACUGGGCGCUCGCUCUCUGAUCCGCUCUCUGGAAAGUGACGAGCAGGAUGAUGGAGCUGAUAAAGAGGCUCUGAAGGCCAGGGUGGUGGAUCUGAGUAAGCAGUCUGGAGUGAGCAGCUCACACACAGCCUUCAUAGCUCUCAAUAAAGGCAGCGGACAAGCUGUGAAAGGACCGAUGGUGAAGAGGAGAAUUCCUAUUGCCAGCAUGGGGAUGAGCUGGAGGGCGUGUGGAUUGGCAUACGGACGCGUUGGACUGAGGGCUGGGGGCAGUUCUGUCCCAGGAGGUGGAGGGGAAGGACCGCCCCGUCCUGUACAUCAAGCUCCAGUGAAAAAGAAAAAAGGGUGUCAUUACCGUAUGCCUAAACUUGCAUCAUGUAAAGUAAAAAUACCAACUUCCAAUUUUGGUGGCACGGACUUUUGCACGAGGCCAGCCGCUUUAUCCUUCUGCAAGGUCGAAGGCAAGCUGGAGCCUAUCCCAGCUGACUACGGGCGAAAGGCGGGGUACACCCUGGACAAGUCGCCAGAAAUUUCUGAAGUUCCAAAGGACCCGUUGUUGCAGCUUAUCUCCCUCCAGAAGGCUUCGGGUUGCUGGGAAAUAGGGUCCGCACUUGCAGAGGUCUUUGGGAAGGGAGAAAAAGAGUUGGUCGAGCAGAUUCCUGCACAGAUGAAGCCAGAUGUCUGGGCUACACUUCUGGCUCUGAUUUGGUUACAUGGCUUUAAGAUCGAUGCACAGGUUGAGUGGCAAAUUUUGGCCAUGAAAGCAGUGGCAUGGAUCCGCACUCAGAAAGUGGUGAACCAGUCAGAGUGUGUACAAGUAGGAAACGCUCUACUGGGCUGUCAAGUUAAAGAAGACGCUCUUGGGCUCUGAAGACUUUACCCUCUUACAGCAUCCACAGAAAAGCCUUGGCAUCAUUUCUCUUUCCUAUAUUUUAAGAGUUUUACUUUCAUUAGCAUGCUUUUACUUAUAAGAUGUUGUCGAUAGGAUUGCUAGUAUGACCAAAAACCCUGGAUACUUUAUUCUGUAGUGAUAAAGUAAACAAAUACAUACAUAUAUUUACACAGAUUUUUUUGUCAAUUGCAAAUAAUUAAAAUACUUGAGCAACAUUA